GUAUGUAUCAACUGGCAGAGGAAUUAGUUUACGCGCAUGGAUGGGCAGGAUGUCGGAUGACGGAUCAGAAAUUCACAUGCUACCAACAAGCCUUCGGGAUCUUAGACGAGGUAAACUUUUACGUCGAAGCGUCGACACUAAAGCCUUUUCGAGUGGAGGUGCCAACACUGGCGGUUGGGAGGACGAAAGUACAACUGGAAGCUCCUGCUGCAGGUGCAGGUGCAGAGAUCGUAGAAGAUGAAAACCACGCAUCACCAACAAGCUCCACAGCGGUCAUUUCUUCGACGAAACUAAAUAGCGAAAGUCUUCUCCAUCUGCCAGAUGCAGUCCUCCACUUGAAGAUCGAUGAUCAGAACCACGAGCAACGGGCAGAAACUGCAGUAGUAAAAAGUGUUCAAAUUCCAUUCGAAAAGAAGGUUCCUCGGUUUGGCAGCCGCUCCUCAACGACUCCUUCACGAGCGGAGGAGGCAGUGGCAGAUCGCACGACUUCGACAACUUCUAAUUCUAACUCUACUUCUCCUUCCAAGCAACAAUCAGCACAACAAGCCCGACACCUGGAACUCCUAAACUCCAAAGGGCGUCUGCUCUAUGUCGGUUGCGACUACCUGAACAUUCCGCCUCAGCAUAACGGUUCAAUCUUACCGCGGAGCUUUGAGAUGAGCCACGACAUCUACUUUCCGGAGAGUUUUUAC